AUGCCUUCAACCCCGGUGAAUGUUCGGAAGUCCAUCAUUUUGUUUGCCAAGUUGUUGAAGAAGUGUGGAUUUUCUGAAUACUUGCCCGAAAAUUUCCGGCUCGCCAAAUUUGAUGAUCCACGCAGCAAAGACUGUAUGUUGCGUCUACUAUAUGAAGUUAUCUACUUCUCUCAGUACGGUCACAUCGAUGACUUGGCUCACGAGGGAUUCAAGCGGUUUUCCUUUUCUGAUGUGCUUAUCUAUGCUUACAAGAAACUCCAAAAACUCGGGUAUCCCUGCCUGUCUACUACCAACAAACUAGGAUCUUCCAGAGAGCUGUUACUGGCUGCCGCAUGGGUAUUCAGUCAAUGCAAUAUUAUGAGCCAAAUUGAGCGCCACCUUCUUUGCUCAUUUGAUGUCACUGAGUUGGGGCGCACUACGAUACCACAUUUUGAGAAGUUCACGUCAAAUUUAUCUUUAUGGCAGCUUGACUGGUUGUUGGGGCGCGGUCGCUUUCUGCAAAAACAACUGUAUCAACAGAGAAUGGGCAUAAUCAAAAGCUAUUUGCAUUCGAGGGGGAAAUCACAUUUGAGUCCGUUACAGUGUUUACCUGUCGAAAAUCCGGACUUACUUCAAGCCGAAGCCGAAAAAAUCAAGGUGAAGAGAAACGAUAUUGAGCUGCUGAAGCUCUGGCAAGCUGAAAGUGUGAUUUUCUGGCGGUGGAUACAGUCGGUCGCAAAAGAACGAACAUCAGAUCACUUUGCUCCGAUGGUGUCUCUCAGUGAACUGUCGUUGGCGCGAUCCAGCUUAUUUCAGUGCUUGUCAGCACACAUCAACCUGGCAAAAGUAGCCGGUGUGCCUCAAGGACCCGACUUGCCCUUUGGCUCUGAGCAACAACCAUUUCCUAGUCUGCUUACACAAAUUGACGAUAAUCUCAAGGCUUGCAAUCUGCAGCUCUUGAGCGCUGAAUCGUUGUGUCCAUCUUUUAUUUCUCCCCUCUUGUUCCAUUAUGAUAUACAGACUUCAGAUAAGAACUCCAAAGUCACGUCUCGGCCUGGGUGUCUAUCACUGUCGGAAGAAAGUGCGAAAUUAACCUCACUUUUACAGGAAUGCAGAAGACAAUUUGAGGAUAUAAAGAAAGAACUUUCCGAACAGCUACAAGAGUUUGCCAGGCAUAACAUGUCCGAUGUAUUAUUUUUGUUUUCAAUGGCUGGUUGUACAGAAUAG